CGUUGUGGUGGCCUUCCAAGACGAAUUGAGUUUGUGCUCAUCUUCCUCAGCUUCAAGAACCAGCCAGCCGCCUCCGCACCGUCUCCUCUCUGAUCCCCACGGCCGGCGCGCGAGCAUGGUUAUUUCGGUUCAUCGCCCGGUCGGUGUCAUGGAUGCCGCCGUCGUCGCACAGGGAGAUGUGACACCGUUCCCCUCCGCUGCGGUCUCCAUGAAUGCUCCAUACCACGCCAUGGGCGAGAUCCAGGCAGGAGGAGAUGAUUUAGCCACUGAGGAUGAGGAUGGUAACCGGCCGGUGCAUAUCAUCAGACUGUUCCAGAUUUUCAUGACCGGUGACGCCGCAGGUGCUACUACUGAGCCGAGGAUAGCUGAUCAUCCCGUCUUCUCCACCAAGUUCAUUCUCGACUCGGGAGCCACUACGCAUGCCACGGGAAACAGGUCCCUGUUUCCCUGGCUGUUCCCAGUACAAGAGGGUGGUGAGAUUAUUGCCGCCAAUGGGCACGGGUUAGCAGUUCGCGGCUUUGGGCCCGUGGUCAUGGAGAACUUCAGGUUGAAUGGUGUCCUCUACGUCCCCGGCCUCUCCUGCAACGUCAUCUCCCUGUCGAAGCUCAUCGAGCUUGACUACGGCGUGGCGUUUUCCCGCGCUGGAUGCCUGAUCAAGGACCUCAGGACCGGCGAGAUAGUUGGGAACGCCAGCCUCGUUCGGGGGUUAUACCAUUUCGAUCGGCUGGAGAUUCCACUGGACAGGGCCCCAGCAGUGGCGCCAUAGGAGCCUCUGACAGGCAGAUAUGAGCAUAGUUAGUUCAUAACUGGAUGUUGAUCGAGUGCUGUGAUUUCUGCCUGUCCUUUAUCUGUGUGUGCAUGUGCUGUGUCUGUGAUGCUAUUGGUUGCAUCCUCGUCAAUGGUAACCGAACCCGGGACAUACUUAUGGGCGUCGCAAGUGUGUCAUAUCUGAAAUAAAAGUAACGGAUGGUUAACAGAAAUGGCAUCAAUCUCUCUUACCGCCAGCGCCAAUGAUGCUGUCAGAAUUAUUGUCAGGAGUUGCGAGGCUCCAUCUCCUCUCCCAUGAUUUUCUUUUCUUUCCUUUCUUAAUUCGCGAUUUCCACUCCCGUUUAUUUGAGAUGCCGUCUGUAUAAGCAAUGCAUUUAUAUAUG